GCAGGUGUUUAUUCUGAUAUCUGGUGACAAAUACAAUUAUCAUAACUCAAUGCCGCUAGCCAUUCAGAUAAACACCCAAAGACUCAAGAAUGAAUGAAAAAACGGAUCUAUGAUAAACAAACUCAAUUCGGCUCCAAUGCAAUUGGGUUUCGGGGCCUUCAGUACAUGGUGUAAGGCCUUAAGGAAUGCAGAAUCGCCUGAAAGAACCUUGAGGAUAUACAGGAAGAUGCAACGGUUAGGAGUUCCGUCUGACAGCUUCGCCAUUCUUUUCACUCUCAAGUCUUCUACGCUGCUUCAGAACUUGUGCAUUAUACGUCACCUCCAUGCCCUUAUUAUCAAAGAAGGGUUCUCCUUCCAUGUCUACGUUGCUACAGCUUUGCUGAAUGCUUACGCUGUCUCUUGCUUCCGCGGUGCAUAUAAUCUGUUCGACGAGAUUCCAACAAAGAAUACCGUCACGUGGAACACCAUGAUGAAGGCAUACUCUAGAUGUGGGUAUAUCGAUGAAGCACGGGAGGUGUUUGAUAAAAUGCCUCUGAAAGACCUUGCCUCAUGGUCAGCAAUAAUUGCAGCGUAUAUGAACAACCGAAGAUGGAAAGAAGGGUUAGCUAUCUUCCGGGAGAUGGUGAUCACUGUCAAUGAUUUAAAGCCUGAUGAAAUAACAUUAGGCCCAGUAUUGGCAGGUUGUUGCCAUAUGGGUUCAAUAGGGUUGCUUUUGGGGAAAAUGUUGCAUGGUUUUGCAAUAAGAAAUGAGUGGGAAAUGAAUGCCAACUUUGGAACCUGUUUGGUUGACAUGUAUUCGAAAUGCGGGGUCUUAAAGAAUGCUUUCUUGAUUUUCAAUUCAAUGAGAGAUAGAAAUGUCGUAGCUUGGACGUCUUUGAUAUGUGGUGCGGUGAAUAAUGGUUUUGGAAAUGAAGCCCUCGAGAUAUUCAAGAAGAUGAAUGAGGCCAGAGUGAGGCCUAAUGAAGUAACAUUCACAGGUGUGCUUAGUGCUUGUGCUCAAACAGCAUUAGUGGAAGAGGGCCGCCGAUAUUUUAGAAUGAUGAAAGAAGAGUAUGGGUUGACGCGUAGCAUUCAACACUACGGAUGUAUGGUUGACUUGUUCGGAAAGGCAGGACUAUUAGAGGAAGCGUAUGAGGUCAUCAAUUCAAUGAGUUUUGAACCCAAUGUUAUCAUUUGGGGUUCCUUCCUGUCAUCAUGCAAACUACAUAAACAGUUUGAGAUGGGCGAUAGGGUCAUUGAGAGGGUAAUGAAGACUGUGAAGCCGGAGAAUGAUGGAGGGGUUUACUCUCUUAUUUCUGAUAUAUAUGUUUUGAGUGGCCGAUUGGGACAAUCAGAAAGUGUAAGGGAGUUGAUGCUCAAUGACAAUGUCAGAAAAGCUAGAGGUUCUAGUUUUAUCAGAAGUUGAACCACAUAGCCAGGCCAUUGUCCUUAAAAUUCAGUUGGUUUUGCAGUCAAGUAUGAUCUCAUGUUCAGAACCAGAAGCUUUGCUGAUGAGAGUUAUUGACCAAAUGCUGUCUCAACGGUUUUCACAUUUGUUUUUAUGUAAAAAAUCACCCUAAAUAGGAGUAAAAACAUUAUAGGAACACUAUGCUUUUUAUUCUGUAUAUAGGACCAUAGUUGUCAUGGCGCAUGGCGCAACCCAUGGCGCACAGGCCAUUUUCCAUGGCGAUGGCGAUGGCGAAAAUAUGGCGUCGCCACGUGACAAAAAAAACCUUCAAAACGAAUAAUAGAUACUGCAAUUCAUCAACCCAAGUUUACCCAACCACCAAAACAUGAUAAAAUAGUUCAAAGUACUUCCAAAAAACAUAAUAUUCAAAAAAAAAGUUUCUGUCUUGCAAAAUAUGUUAGGAUUUAGGCUUGUUAGCUUGUUUUUGUUUGAUGAUUAUUGCAUAAUCAUCAUCAAUCAUCAGACUCCUCAUCAUCUUGGUCUGAUUCUGAUAGCAAUGGCACACCAUCCUCAUUCAUUUCAUCCUCGGAGGGAUCUGCAACCUCGUCCGUUUCCUCCAUUUCCUCCGCCUCCAUCUUGUUGUUAGUAUUAUGGGCUAAAAUAGUAAGUUUUUGUUAGAGUUUUAUUGCUGUUAUGGGUCGCAGAUUGUUAUGGCCCCAAAGUCCACAACUUACAGCUCAAAAACACGGACCCAUUUUGUCAAAAAAACAUUCGCAUCGCCAUGGCGAAGGCGCAGGCAUGGCGAAGGCGCAGGAAUGGCGACGCCAUGUGUAUACACCUCGCAACAGCCCCUUUUCAUAGCGCAGAGGGUUUUUCGCGCCACAUGGCGCAUGGCGCGCGCGCCAUAUUGCACCAUCGACUACCAUGUAUAGGACUAAUUAGUACCAUGGUUGGAAAAUUCUGUAAUUUAUGGCAGUAAUAUGAUCUGAAAUCCGAAGUUCCAUUGUCUUGAUUCAAAGAGAAGAGGUAGAAGAAGCCCUGGUCAAUUGUGUGGUGUGUUAAUGACAUGGCUACAACGUUGAGGUGGCAGUGUUGGUUGAGCAGUUGCAGCGGUGGAGCUGUUGCGGCUUGAGAGAAGCUGAUGCAGUUUGGAGCAGGUGGAGGGAGAUGGGCUGCGACUUGAAGCAUGCGGAGGAGAUGGUCAAGUGGUCUGGCCAGAAGCUUGAGAAGCCUAGAGGUAGAGGGCGAGAAGAAUCAGGGAUAAUGAGCUGAUUGAAAUCAAGUUCACCAUUUUUGCACUACGACCGCUAUCACUACUUUGACUACUGAUGGUUGAUAAAAACAGUUGUGUUUGCUUAAUCUUCACAGCCAUCACAGAGAGAUGCAGAUUAUCACCAGGGAAACACUGGAUAAUCAAGGCCCCUAUCAAGAUUCAAGAGUACUAAGAAGCUCGAUCUAUGCUAAAUUUGCAGGUGUUGUUGUGAUAAGCAGUGGCCUGGAUAAAAGUUUCAUGCCUAGGAACUGAGCAACAACGAAGUGCAUGCAAUUUUCUUGGAACGGAGAAUGAGAAAUUCUGCAUUACAUAUUGGCUUAAAAUACUCCAUGUUGACUUCCUGAGACUCUAACAACGGGUGUGAACAGACAGAACCUUGGUGAGCCAGGAGCAGGCGUAUCUAGUUCUUUCAACUGCAGCCUUAUUCUCAAUUAAUUACACCUUAAUGAUUUUUAAGUGCAAAAUGAGACAGUAUAUGGUGUCCAUUAGCUGGAAUGGUUGCUGCACAGAUUAUUAAGGAAGAAUAUGAUAGCCACAUACUAGUUCUGUUUUUGGAAAAGCCAUUAGUUUAUGCCUACUUUUACCUUGAAUGUUAAUACACUAAUUAGUGUGUAACUAAUGAAUUAAGUAGUUAAUUAAAGAAUGUCAAUUGUAAGUAAGUUGGUUUAAUUGUUAUGUUAAAGUGUGUUAAUUCUUAAUUGUAUUGUGUUUUUAAUAGAUUAUAAUUAUUAUUUAUUUUUCAGAGUUGGACUUCAACACGAGAGUCAUUUGAAGAAAUAUAUAUGGGUGAAUUGGUGAUAAGUGGGUUAUUUGUUUUCUUGAUGUAAAAAAUGACAGUUUAGACAACUAUAUGUAUGAGCUCUUUGAGAUUUGCGGUUUAAUUGUUUUGCUUAUGAUCUCGAUCUAUC